UGACAAGUUGCGUCAAGCCACUCGCGCAUGUUGCUAUGGUUACAUGGAAUAAAAACAAACACACACAGCAAGUCUCUCUCAACAUCAGUUCCUGAGUUCUUAAUAACACCAUGGCUCUUCGUGGAGAGAAUGAAAGGUGGUUAACUGGGCAUCAGGACCCCUUGGCUUCGCUAUAUACAUUCAAUUCGUGCAUGGCCUUGGCAGACCUACAUGGAGAUGGUGAAUCUAAGCUCAUCAUUGCUGACCUAGGAACUGGAACAUUUAACAUGAAACUUAAGGUUUACAAGGGUACAAGUCUAAUGUCAGAAAACACUCUCAUUGAUCUCCCGACUGGUGUUAUUACCUUCCACAUGGAUACCACUGAGCCUAGAGUACCAGCGGUUGCUGUGGCCUCUGGAAGUUACAUAUACAUAUAUAAAAACCUAAGGCCGUACUUCAAGUUUACACUGCCCACACUUGAAGUUAAUCCUACUGAGUUUGAUGCUUGGAAUCAGGCUCGAGAUGAGCUACUGGAUGUAAGCAUGUUGUACGAGAUCUUAGAUUCACUGAGGCAAGAGGUGGGUGAAUGUGGCCUUACCACGCGUUCUCAGCGCUUCCUCAUGUGCCCUGACCACCAGUCGCAAGUAGCGUUCCUAGAUCAGCAUAAGGGAUUUCUUCUUAAGCGUCAAACCGUUGUGACAUGUUUCUCCACCAUGAAAAAAAGUCAUGCUGAGGAUGAUGCAAUAUCUUGUUUGGUGUUAGGAACCGAAAGUGCUAAUAUAUUUAUCCUGGACCCUGAAGCCUUUACAAUUCUCAACAGUAUGAGUCUUCCCAGCGUGCCUGUAUUCCUUUCAGUUUCUGGUCUGUAUGACGUUGAGUACAGGGUAAUAGUGGCGUGCCGCAAUGGCCACAUUUACACGUUAAAGCGGGGAACAAAAGUAGGUCGGCCAACAGCAGAACUAACAUCUCAACCCAUAGGUUUACUUCGCCGUGACAAGAGCAUCAUUGUAGCCACUAUGGACCAGAACCUCCACUCAUACAAUAAUAAGGGUAAACGGUUGUGGACUCUCAAAUUGCCUGCCCCGGUGAUGUGCAUGGAGACACUAGAAAUACGUACUUUAGGCCUCAAAUUGACAGGCCUUGGUAUGUCAGAUCACAGAGUACUAAUCUAUCGUGAUAAACAUUUGGUGGACACCAUUUACACAGAAGACAGUGUAGCAGCCAUGAAAUUUGGUCGCUUUGGACGGGAAGAUAACACUCUUAUACUUGUGCUGAAAGGUGGAGGUAUGCUUGUUAAAAUCCUAAAGAGGACAGCUCGGUUUGACCUGGAUGACAUGCAAGGGCCUGCUCAGAUUCAGUCCCUGAAACUCAACAUCCCGAAAAAAACCAAGUUAUUUGUUGAUCAGACCAUGCGUGAGCGGGAGAAUUCAGUCUUGAUGCACAGAGUUUUCCAGCAUGAUCUCUAUCGACUACGCCUUAAUACAGCUCGGGCUUAUGUGGAGGCUCUCGAGACAAGUAGUAAUCCUGUGUGCCUUUCCCAAACAGAACCAUUGAAACUUUCGGCGCAGGUGUUAGGCCUUGGUCCUACGUUCAAAUUGAGAGUUGAACUUCAAAAUACCUCUUCAUCGUCACCGUCUCUACAGCUGGCUGUGAUUUUUCAUUGUGAUGACAGAAUCUACAGUGUCAGCAGGUCAUAUAUUCAGAUCCCAAUGCUUGUUCCAGGCAUUAUACAUGUUGCAGAGUCUCUGGUCACAUGUAUAUCAGAGUUAGGAAUUUCAGACACAGUGCGAGUGUUUGUGGUAAAAGGGAAAGGCUCACGGCCUCUGUUAACAGCAGUUAUUAACAUGCCUGUAGCAGAAGUUUUCAUGACUUCAUAAUUUGAUGAACCACAGUUUCAUUGAUAGAAGAUAAUUUGAAUAUAUACCUCUUGGAGUUGAAAUCUCACAUUCUAAUCUUGAUUGAAACCUGGGAAACGCCCAACGCACUCACACACCUGUUGCUCCAUGUCUGGUAUUUACUAUUAAAGAACACUAAAUCAAGAUCUGAAUUUUUCGAGAUAAAAGAAAGGAUUUUUCCCUAUGGCACAGUCUAUUAAGUCUGGCACAUUGUGUUUUGUUUCUAUUUGCUGUUAUGUGAUUGAGAAUAAGAAAGUGAAAUAUAUAGGCCAUAUUUUCAUCCACACUAAAAAUGUUCACGAGGACAUUGUUUCAUAUCACUAUGGUGUAUAUGUAAUGAGUAAGCAAAUAAAACAAAUAUUGAUCC